GGUGGAUGUGUAUUUAAAACGUUGAGAGGGGAGCAAACCUGUUCCACCACCUCGCCCGGUUGAACGGGGUCACAUUUUUAUUAUCUUCCAGGACGAGGGAAGACCAAAAUGGUCUUAUGGAGACAGAGGAGUCUGAGGAAAACAAACUUUUCCUGGAUUCAAAAACAUUCCCCAAGGACUACAUGGCUCAUGGACACUAUUUCAAUGACAGUAGUUGAUGUGUUAUAAUGUGUGCUUUUCUAUUUGUUUAGAAUGUUGUUUAAUUGAUGUUCAAAGUGGUUGGUAACUCAAAGUUACCAACCACUUAACACUUAGGGCCCAUACGCGAAUCUCAGGAUGACGCCCAGGUGGGGAGUAACUGACAAAUGAAAGCAUUCACCUUCACAAGGAUACCUCCCUUUCUCAUGGAUUAUAAAAAACCACAACGCACAAUCACGCCCGCUUUUUCGGAAGGAUUCACCUGCAGUGUUCGCGACACGUCUAACCUAUUCUCAAUCAGAAACUCACUGGACCACUACCAUUCAUUUGUUCUACCCGUUCGACUACAAUAACUGACUUGGACCCUUCCUCUUCAAACCAACAAAAAGAAGUCACAAUGAGGAGGAGGACAUCGCGUUACAUUGAAUUGGUGGCUUUGCUUUUGAUUGGAACACUCUGUCUGGUGCUUAUCUUUGGGAAAGAGGACCACCCUGCAGAUGAGCCAUCAAAUAACAUGCAGAUAAAGGACACAAAGGAAUCAAUGCCUGACCAAAUAACUAAGAAACCAGUCCGGGUGCGGUCAGACGCCAUCACAUGGCCACCUUGUCAGCGUAAUGAAUCUGCAUCCAACGUGACAGGCUUUUCUUCACUUCCCGGCCACAUCCAAGACUUCCUGUAUUAUCGUCACUGCCGCCACUUCCCCAUGCUGCUUGACGUACCUGAUAAAUGUGGAGGUCCACAGAACUCUGCUGAUGUCUUCCUUCUGCUGGUUAUUAAGAGCUCGCCUUGGAACUAUGACCGCAGGGAGGUUCUACGUAAAACCUGGGCAGAGGAGAGAAUCCAGAAUGGUGUGUGGGUGCGUAGACUCUUCAUCUCAGGAACCACAAGCUCGGGAUUUGAGAAGUCAAAGCUGAACAACUUACUGGAGCUGGAAAACAAAGAACAUCAUGACAUCUUGCAAUGGGACUUCAGUGACACUUUCUUCAAUCUAACACUGAAGCAGAUUCUGUUUCUCGAGUGGAUGGAGAGGAACUGCCCAAAUGCUCGCUUCCUGCUGAACGGUGAUGAUGACAUCUUCGCCAACACAGAUAACAUGGUGGAAUACACUCAAAGCUUCAAGGACAAUGAUGGAAGCAAGCAUCUGUUUGCAGGUCAUCUCAUCCAUUAUGUUGGACCCAUCAGAGACCGAGGCAGCAAGUACUAUGUGCCAGUUCAGGUACAAGAGUCAGAAACAUACCCCCCCUAUUGUGGAGGAGGGGGCUUCCUCUUGUCAGGCUACACAGCUAUGGUCAUAUACAAAAUGUCUCAGUCAAUAACCAUAUUGCCCAUUGAUGAUGUUUACAUGGGGAUGUGCCUGCAAAAGGCUGGUCUUGGCCCGGAGUCCCAUUUUGGUGUCAGGACUGCAGGACUGCGCAUUCCUUCAGAAAGGCUGGAUGCAUUUGACCCUUGUUUUUACAGGGAAAUUAUUUUAGUGCACAGGUUUUUAGUACAUCAGAUUUACAUAAUGUGGCAUGGAGUACGUGACCCUAACCUGAAAUGUAAUGUACAAACUUCACAACUUUGAACUUUUCAGGUGUCUCUUAUCUUGUUUCUUUUUUAAGUAUUAUAUUCAGAUUUCUCACUGGAGAUUGGUGAUUUGUCUUUAUGUAUAACGAUAUGUAAUAUUUUGAUGGUUUUUCCAAUUGAAUUUAUUUGAAGAUUGAAAGGGGUUUGUUUUUCUGACAGGACGAGUCAGACCGGCGGGUCUGACUACCUAACCCCUGUUCUAAGGCCCCAUUCCCCUGGAGACCCUGUCCCCCCCCUUCUCACUGGAUGAUCUACCCCUUCCCCUUGGAGACUCUGCCCCAUCUGCCCCUAUGCCCCAUCAGACCUAGGAGUGGUCUGCCCCCCCCCCCCCCCUUCCCCUUGAAGACCCUGCCCCACCUGCCCCAAUACAUCAUCCGAUGUUCGGAGAAGCCUGUUGUACAUUUAUGGACAGGACCAUUCAAGGUCAUCGAGAGAACCUUGCACGCCCUAAGGGUGCUGGGGAAAGGAAGUACGUGGUACCACUGGAGCAUGUGUUGUGCUGCUCCAGAAUCCAGUCGUACGUUGCAGCAGUUGGUGGAGAAGGGCCAGGAGGGCCAGUGAACCUUUUGCUAUUGCUACGAAUGUGAGAGUCCGGAAAAGAGGGUUACGACUAGGUCAAGAGUGAUACUGCUUGACCACACUAGAAUUGUACUGGACUAAGAAGGUUUCCGCUAUUUUACUUAAGAGUGUGCUAUAUCAAUAUCAACAUGAUUGUUGCUGUAUCCCG